AUGGCAACACCAAACAUCCAUUCAGUCAACUGGUAUCCAAAUGAUCUCCCAAACCCAUCAGAUAAAGUUAUGGUCAAGAUCACCCGUGUCGAUGAGCUCGGUAUUUGGGUCCAACUUCUCGAAUACUCAAAUCGCGAAGGUAUGAUCCCUCUUGGCCAAUUCACAACAAGAAAAUCCAGAAAAGUACCAAAAACAAUCAGAGUUGGUAAAGUUGAUACAGCUAUGGUUACAACAGUCGACGUAGAAAAAGGAAAUAUGGAUUUAACUCGUCAAGGCUUAAAGGAAGAAGAAAUUGCAGCCAACGAAAAGCGUUAUAAUGAUUAUAAGAACCUUAUGAAUCUUCUUGCUUUUGCAUCUACACAAUGCAAGGUCCCACUUGAAGAAUUAGUUCAGACAAUUGCUCACCCACUCACAAAGGAAUACGGAAAUGCUUAUCAAGCCCUCCAGCAAUCAAAUACAAAGCCAGAAAUUCUUGAUGACCUUCAAAUUUCUGCUGAGGUCAAGGAAUCAAUUCGCACCCAAAUUCAGAGAAUGUUCACACCACAGGAACUCCGUAUUCACUCUACAUUCGAAGCUGAAGUUCUUACAAAGGCCGGUGUCGAUGCUCUUCGUGAAGCUCUUGUUGCUGGCUACGAAGCCGCUCCAGACUCUAGCCUUUCUAUCUCUGUUAUUGCUCCUCCUGUUUACUCAGCUGCCCUUAACACCCUCGGCGCUGAACAAGGUAUUGAAAUUCUUAACAAGUGCCUUGAGAUUAUUGAAGAGAAAAUCACCGCUGUUGGUGGCCGCUUCAAUAUCAAGGAGGCUCCAAAGGCAAUCAGCCAGAAGGAAGCUCAAUUACUCCAGCAACAGAUGGAAGAAAUGGGCAACGACGCCAAUGCUAACGACGAUCUUGAUGAAAUGGAACGCCAGGGUCCAGAGUAA